AUGACAUCAACUUAUCGUCCUAAUGAAUCGAAACGUGAAGAAUUUCGUCGAUAUCUUGAAAAAGGUGGUGUCGUCGAUUCAAUUACAAAAGCUUUAGUUGCACUUUAUGAAGAAGCUGAAAAACCAAAUAAUGCCGCUGAAUUUGUUCGUCGAUAUAUGGGUGCAACUGGUCCUGAUACUGCUGAAACGGAAACAUUAAAAAAUGAACUAAUGACAUUACGCGAAAAAUCCGAGGAAUUAACACGAGAAAAUGAAACAUUGAAAGAGAAAUUACAAAAAUAUGAGAGCGCAUAA